AUGCCUCGCAGGAAGAAGAGCAGCUGCCCGUCACGCAAGGCCCAACUGUCGUUCCUGGAGCGGCCGCUGGAGGGCCCCAAGCACUGCGGAGGCUCCCCGCGGCCCGGCCCCGCGCCUUCGAGGCUCGCGCCUCUGCGUCCAGCCGAUUGCAAGGCCUGCCCGGCCUGGGUCUCGCCCCAAUUUAAGAAGCCCCUGGGCAGCUGGUUGCCUGUGGGCCGCAAGCGACCCCCACCGCCUCCACGCCGCCGCCUGCCCUUCCAGCUGGGCGGCUCUGCUCGCCGGCAGCGCUUGCGGCGAAGGGCGCGGUCCUGCUGGUUUCCGCCCUUGACCUUAAAGAGCCUCUUACCGGAGCCGAGCCCGGGCCCGGGGUCUUCCUUCCCAGAGGACGCUGCCCGACUUGAAGCUUCGGGCCUGGAGGGGCCCGAGGAGGCUCGAAGGCUGCUGCCCCUGCCACCCAGCCUCAGGAGCUGCGCUCCUUCGCGUCCGGAAUCCCCUGACCCGAAGACCUCAGGCCUACCUUUGACCGUGGCCGAUUCUUCUGCUACUACGGGGGACCAAGGGCAGGGGCGUUGUCCCCUCCAUCUGGACCGGCCCCAGACCCCUCCGCCGGGCGAGCCGCCGUUGGUCGUGGACACGCCCGAAGAAAAAUACGGGCUAAAGGUCACUUGGAGAAGACGCUACCAUCUGGUCUCCUACCUGAGGGAGAGAGGGAAGCUCAGCCUGAACCAGAUUUUUGUGUCGAAGUCGGAUGCUCUCUGCCCCUGGGUGUGA